AUGGAGGAACAAGUUGGCUACUGUCGAAUAUGGCAGUACUUUAUCAAGCUAAAUCUAUUCGAAACUGAAGCAACUGAUCAAGUAACAAUUGGUUUUCAACGAUGGUCGACGCGAAUCUAUCUGCUUCUUCUUUUUUUUGGCUUAUCAAUUGUACUUGUUUACAAUGGCAUACGCAUGGAAACACAACAAUUAAAAGUAAAUAAUCCAUCUCUUGCGACUUAUAUGGAGCUUCAGGAGAUCUACGAUACUACGAUUAAAUGUCCAUGCACUCAAAUAUCGAUUUUAACCAGUUCAUUUGCUGCUUUUCUUGUCGAAUAUCAUGAUAUUUGUACCAGUCAAUUCAUUUCUCAAAAAUGGAUCGAUUUGCUAUUUACUAAUACAACAUUUUGGCGUUUUGUUGUUGAUUUUCGUGCAACAGCCAGUAAUCAAUUUCAAGUUUUACGUGAAUUAUGUGAUUUAUCACAGACAACUAUCAAUAACAAUAUAGAAAAUUUUCAUACGGAAACAUUUAUUUCAGGUUAUUUAUUAAAUGAAAGAUUAUUCUUAGCCCAAACAAAAGCCAUGACUGACAGAUUUCAAACAAAUGUAGUUACAGAUUUCUUUCAGCGUAUUUCUUUCUAUCGAUCAUUCACGAUAGGAAAUACAUUCAUGUCUGGAAUUCAAACACCAUAUACAUUGUUAAUUUACACAAAUGAUGACGUUAACUGGUAUCUCAAUGCUCAACUAAAUUACUUUAAAGGAAUGAAAAAUCUUAAAUAUUGUACAUGUGAUGUCAAUACUACUUGUCAUUUACCAGCAGGAUUUUACGAUAUUGAAUCAAUUGAUGAUGACGGAUUAGUUAGCAUACUUACAAUCAAUGCAACAUAUACUCCAGAUAAUUGGUUUAUGGGAUGUUGGCCGUUAGAAUCACUUGUUCAGUCAUCGCUGACUGGUAGCUUCCUAAGCAAUCAGAGUGCACUCUAUAUUCUAGCUAUGCAUUUGAAUAUACCGGUGAAUUCGACGCCAAUGGCUCUGACUGGAUUUAAUAUGACAAAUGAAAGUAAUACUUUCGAUCAAUUGCUUGAAACAUCAUUUGUAAGUCGGUGGUCACCAUAUCUUAAUUAUUCAGCAUAUUUUGCUCAAUGUCAACCACAAGUAUGCACAUAUACAAUUGCACAACGUUCAAGUUUUCUCUACAUAUUAACUUCUCUACUCGGACUCUACGGUGGCUUAUCGGUUGUCUUACGUCUUCUUGUUCCAUACAUAGUCAGUUUUAUUCAUCGUUGUGUGAAUCGAACGCCACCACUUGAUAAUACCGAUAAUAACAAUACUGACAUAGCUGUCAAAAAGUCCUGGUUCGAACGAUUUCAAACAUUACUACAAUUAUUAUGGCAUUCAAUUAUUCAUUUAAAUCUAUUCAGUUCAUCAUUUCGACAACAGCCAUCAGAUAUUAAACAACAACGCUGGAUGACACGUUUAUAUAUUGUCUGGCUCACGUUUGCUUUAGUUAUUCUCAUUUUUUAUCUAUUGCUACGAUCAGAAACAAAAUUAAUCGAAGUAACAAAUCCUUCAUUGACUAUGGCCAAAGAAUUACAACAGUCUCAAAGUCAAGGUUUAGUUUCUUCUCUUCAAUGCCCUUGUGCACAAUUAACAGUACCUUACGGAACAUUAGUUCAUUUACAACCAAUCUAUCACCAAGUAUGUUCGAGUGAUUUUGUCUCAUCUCGUUGGAUUACUGCUGUCUCUCGCACAAUUCGCGCAGGAGAUACACCUAAUUACUAUCGUGAUUUUCAUAAUAGUGCAGCUCUCUUUCAACUACUCAAGUCUCUGUGUACUUUUUCCAAUAAUACGAUUGUCAGUGCACUCGAAAUAUUCGAACAAAUUCAGUUGAUUAGUGCUGAUUUACUUAGCGUUGAUCUGUUUACAAAUCAAAUACUUUCUGCUAUUGAUCAAUUCAAAUUAGAAACUGUAAAUGAUUUUCAAGGUUUUCUUCAAAUAAUGCGUAAUCUUACAUUUGUCAAUCAACUUCUUACUGGAGCUCACAGUAAUUAUGACGUUCGUGUAAAUGCUACAUCAAUUCCUCCUACUGCCGCUAUGUAUCCAUGGGGAUAUACUAAUGAUAAUGCUUCUUUUUCAUGUGCAUGUGCAAAUGAUCCAAGUUGUAAAGUAACAACUGGUCUUUACAGUGGUACACAUGGGAAUUGGGUUGAUCAUUAUACGGUACCUGGUUUAUAUACUGCAUGUUUUCCAGUUGAGUCUCUAUUACAAUCAACAUUGGAAUGUUUCUAUGAUAAUCAAGUAUGUUUGAGUUUUCUUUUCAACUAUUAUAACGUAUCAUCUGUGAACAAUUUUACGCUACUAAACUCGUCUUCUUCUGCCAGUCAUUAUUUACCAAAUGCUACUGUUGGUUCUCUACUAGCAGAAUUGUUUAUCGAAUACUGGAAUGGAUCUCCAAAUUAUUCAGCUUAUUUUGUUCAAUGUCAACCAACAUUAUGUUCCUAUCAGACAGCAGAAAAAAAUACUGUUAUCGAAGCAAUAACACAAAUUGUUUCUUUAAUUGGAGGACUUUCUGUCUCUUUACGCCUCUUAGCAUCUUUAGUUAUAGCCAUAUUUAUCAGUAUCAUUCAGCGAACAAGACGUCAGCAAAAUGUACCUGAUCAAUCCGUUUCUCGUCGAUUACGACUUAAAACAUUUGGUAUGCAGAUUCGCACUCGCGUAGAAGAGUUCAAUGUAUUCGAAAAUCCGUAUCAUACACGCAAUAUCCACCGUGAACGUCUUGCAACAAGGCUCUAUGUCGUCAUUCUCUGCAUAUUAUUAUUUAUUCUUAUUAUCUACACAACAAUUACCUAUUCAGUGACUACAUUCACAGUACAAAAUCCAUCUUUGGAUCAAUUUAAACAGAUGCAACAACGCUAUGGUUCGUAUGCUCUUAAUUGUCCUUGUACACAAUUGGCCAAUGUUUAUUCAUCCUUUGUUGAUCUCAAAUGCAGUUUUCACCAAGUGUGUACUAGUCAGUUCGUUUCUAAACCUUAUCUUCAAGAAUUAUAUCGUUUGUAUAACGCACUUGACGUAACAAAUGCUGCAAUGAAUGUAUUUACUCUUCAAGGCACAGUUUUUAUUCAUUUUCAGAGUCUUCUUGUCUUAUGUAAUCUUGGUCAAGAUGCCGUCAAUGAUGCUCGUCAAAAGUUUCUUGCAUCAUCUUUUAUCUCUACCAAUAUGAUUGAUUUUCAAUUGUUUGAUAAACUCAUCAAUUCAUCACUUGCCAACUUUCUUGGAACUUUACCUAAUUCAUUUUCAAAUGCUCUUCAACUGAUACGAGGUAUGACACAAGCAAACGGUUUAGUUUCAGCUUAUACAACAAAUUGGUAUCCUAUCAUUCGAAAUUUGAGCGAUUCACCAACCAUCUUUUUACAUCCACAGCACUAUGGAUCCGGUAAUUGUACAUGUGCAACAUCAUCAACAUGUACACAAUCAUCAAUACCCUUUCUUCCAGGUUAUCUUGUUGGAUGUACACCACUCGAAUCGAUUCUUCGAAGUACAAUCGAAUGUUUGUACGAAGAAUCUUGUGUGAAUCUGCUCACUACAUAUGUCAAUACUACUUUACACUCAUUUACUGCAUUGAAUGCGACUACAACGCGUUUUGCUUCGAAUGAUAGUAUUGAUUCAAUUGUACAAGAAAUGUUUAUUGAAACAUGCUCACCAAAUAUAUCCUAUGAACGAUUCUUUGAUGCAUGCCAUCCUCUUUCGUGUUUAGUUACAUUGAACGAACGAAAUAGUUUUAUUCUUGUAUUAACAAUUCUUUUAGGUCUUUAUGGUGGACUGACAACUUUUCUGAAACUUGCAGUUCCUUCUACCCUCUCUUGGAUUUAUGAACUAAAAGAAAGAUGUAAACGACGGACCGCACAAAUUCACCAAGAUGCAUCGUAA